UAGCUGUUAAAUAAUUGUUUUUUUAACAACAUAUUCUAGUUUCCUCCCACCUUCACCCACAAAAAUUACAGCUGGCGUAAAUAAUUACUGCUCUCCAAAUGCGUCCUUCUGUGUCCCAGUAAUUCGGUCACCAGUCGAAAUAUUUUUUUUCUCAAGUUGACACUCAUCAGAAAACGCAGAGAAGAAUGAAAAAUAAAUUGUUUAUAACAAUAAAAAAAUCGACAAGUGAUCACCGAGUGACUAAUUCCAAAUAAACACAAUCCUUCCUCAAAACAAUUAUGUUUAUUAAAAAUAUUCGAAUAACAACAUCAAUAAUCAUUCAAUUAUUUUGUUUAACAACAAGUGAAUGGAUCGACAUCCCAGAAUUUUCGGAUACUUCGAGGAUUUAUAGACUUCCAUUCAAUAAACACGAGAGAAAUAAAUUGACAGACGGACAAAUCGGUUUUGCAAAUUUUUAUAAUGCAAAAGUAACGACGGAAAAUCCCUUCUUGGAAAUCAUGACAACUGAUCGAGUGAUGGAACCCCAGCUGAUGAUUGACAGGAACGAUUUUACGACUCCAGUUAAUGGGGAUGAGGAUGGGGUCGUCACCGACGGAUCCGAUGCAGAUGGAAGUGAUGAGGAAAUGCCGAAAGCCCCAGGAGUCACCGAUCGAGGAGAUGUCCUCUAUUAUUUACCAAUGGAAUUAUUCAAUCAAGUCCACAAGACACUUCUGCAAAAUAAACACUCCAGCAUAAAAGAAAAAAUUGAUUUCUUGAAGAAUUUUAAACAAUCACUCCUGAAAAAUAUAGAAUCGAGACUCGAUGGAAUCGUUAAUUCUCCGAGAGUAAAAAGGGGAUCUGAAUGGGAAGAUGAUCAUGUCGGAUUUCCUUCCCUGGAAGGCGCAUUACUCGCUAUAUCUUUCCUCACAUUUUCCGUUUAUCUCGUGCAAUUAGUAAUGAUGUUAUUCAGGAAUUUGGCAAACAAUCCACCUGCAAUAAAUACAAUAUUAGUGAACAGAAACAAGCGAUCAGCUGAUAUAACCGAUGAGACAGCGAGAAUUCUCAAUUAUCUCGAGGAGUUCUCGAGAAAUAAAUUAAAAAAUUAAUCAGUGAAUGUAAA